UUAUUUGCCUUCCAUAUCCAAAAUUUCCUAUUCAGACGAGGCAAUUUAACGUAGCACCUUAUACCCAAUGCAAAUAUGAAAAAUGUUGCAAAUUUCCUGAGUAGUCUCAGCUUACAAGGACAGGACAACUAAAACAAAUACUUUAAAAAUUAUCCCAUUCUCCACAUUUUAAACUGUAACUGUACUCGUUAAAGAGUAUAUAAAUACAUAAAAGCGCUACUGAAUAUUCUUGAGCAGAAUAAUAGGACACGUGGAUCCGGCGUAUACGUGGCAAACGUACAUGCCAGCCAAUUAAAUCGAUACUGCAUAUUUAAUAUCAACUAAUUAGUUAAUGUUUAAAAUUGAAAUAUGAAGUGUUUCGAUACGCCAAAUAUUACUCAAUCUAAUGAAUAAAGUGUGCCGCAAGUGUGUUUGCAAGUCUUGAUAAAGCUAGUGGUUAGAUUAUGCAAGAUAUCAGCUCUGGCUUUUACUUCAAUCCCUUAUAUUGCAUACGAUUUUACCUUAAAGUUGGCCAGAAGUAAGAGCCAUAGAUGUUUACAUUUAGAUGCAUGUAUAGUUGAAUCAGAAAAUUAAUUUUUCACACCACAUGCUAUAAAAUGCGUCUGGAAUUUCAAAUUCAACUCAGUUAUAUUAACUUAGCACAAUGAAUUGCAUUUUUAACCUCCUCGUGCUGGCAGCCAUCCUCUUCCUUAGCAUCGGAUCCGGCUGGUCCCAGAAACCCUUUAGGAAGUGUGCCAAUGGACUAGGGUACUGUACUUCAGUUCGCAACACCUGCAGGGCCAUAGCACCUCCCACUGAAUGCGGCCCAAAAGAAAAGUGCUGCAAGAGAUAGUUAAACACCUGAUUUAAAAUGCGCUGUGUUUUCGUGAAAUAAAAAUAUAUCCUUUCAAUA